CCAUUGGGGUCCAGAUGACUCUGGGGUUGAUGGAGUCCAGAUUUUGGGCCAUCGCAGCACAGCCAAACGACACGGAUUGCUCAUCCGUGGAAGGGAUCUGUCCUCUUCGCUGUGACAGCAUCGAUAUCGACUGCUACGUGAUUGACAAUAAUGGCUUUGUCCUAAUUUCUAAACAGCGCAAUGAUGCGGGGAGGUUCUUCGGCGAGGUUGACGGAUCAGUGAUGACCACGCUGAUCCGAAUGGGCAUGUUCAAAAGGGUAUCCUUGUUCGACUACCAGGCCAUGUGUAAGAUCAACUUGCACUCUGUCAGCAGCGCCCGUCCACUUCUCAGUCCCUUCUAUGGUUUGGCCUCAACCCUCAAGUGGUUCCUCUCCAACUUCCUACUGUUUCUCCUGGAGUUCAAUAUCUGUGGCCUCUGGCACACGGAGCAUUUUGCUGAAGCCAAACCAGCUGUCAGCGGUUCCUCAGCUCACAAGAAAAAAGGGGACAUCCUGCAGCCGUGUGACACCGAGUACCCCAGCUUCGUUUACGAGCCGUCAGUCAAAGAGACCAACAGCAUUAUAAAGUGUGGACGAUGCCAGAAGAUGUUUGUAGUGCAACAGAUACCGGACAGCAACCUGUUGAUGCUGGUGGUACAAGCAGACUGUGACUGCUCCAGACAGUACUCACGGAUCAACAUGGAGCCCAAGGAAGUCAAAUAUAUCCUUUGA